AUGGACCCAGUGCAGAAGGCGGUGCUGAACCACACUCUGGGCCUGAGUUCGAGUCCCAAGAGGAGACACGUGUCCUGCAGCGUCUGCCAGCUGCGCUUCAACUCCCAGAGCCAGGCCUUGGCCCACUACAAGGGGACCAAACACGCCAAGAAGCUCAAGGCCCUGGACUCCCCCAAGACAAAGACCAAAGCGGCGGCUGUCACCCAGGACUCAGGAAGCCAGGAGCCGGCGUCCCCCAUCACCAACGGGACCACAGUGAAGCACAGAGACGUGUCCCCGGUGGCUGUGACCCCAGAGCCCCCCCUCACAGACCCCCCCUCAGAGCUGGAGCAGGAGGCGGAGCUUGGACCGGAGGACAAGGAGUCUGAGGAGGAGAAGGCGCGCAGGCUGCUGUACUGCUCGCUCUGCAAAGUGGCCGUUAACUCCGCCUCCCAGCUCGACGCUCACAACAGCGGCACGAAGCACAAGACCAUGAUGGAGGCUCGCAGCGGACACGGCGUCAUCCGCUCCUUCCCCCGAGCCGGAGUCAAGAGCAAAGUGACCCCCCCUCCCGGAGCCUCCACGGGGCUCCAGAACAAGACCUUCUUCUGCGAGAUCUGUGACGUGCACGUAAACUCCGAGACGCAGCUGAAGCAGCACAUCAGCAGCCGGCGCCACAAAGACCGAGCGGCAGGUAAACCAGCCAAGCCCAAAUACAGCCCCUACAGCAAGCCCGCCAAGAGCCAGAGCAAGCCCACGGACCUCAAGUGGGAGCCGACCAUCAGCUCCCUCAUCAAGAAGGCCCAGCAGAGGAUGUACUUCCUGCGGCAGCUCAGGAAAGCCAAGCUGCAGUUCUACACGGCCAUCAUCGAGUCCAUCCUCACCUCCUCCAUCACCUCCUCAUCACCUCCUCCAUCACCUCCUCUAUCACCUCCUCCAUCACCUCCUCAUCACCUCCUCCAUCACCUCCUCCAUCACCUCCUCCAUCACCUCCUCAUCACCUCCUCCAUCACCUCCUCCAUCACCUCCUCCAUCACCUCCUCAUCACCUCCUCCAUCACCUCCUCCAUCACCUCCUCCAUCACCUCCUCAUCACCUCCUCCAUCACCUCCUCCAUCACCUCCUCCAUCACCUCCUCAUCACCUCCUCCAGCACCUCCUCUAUCACCUCCUCCAUCACCUCCUCCAUCACCUCCUCCAUCACCUCCUCCAUCACCUCCUCAUCACCUCCUCCAUCACCUCCUCCAUCACCUCCUCCAUCACCUCCUCCAUCACCUCCUCCAUCACCUCCUCCAUCACCGUGUGGUUCGCUGGAGCCACAGUCAGGGACAAACAGAGACUACAGUGCAUUGUGCGCUCUGCAGAGGAAGUGA